AUGGAUGACCGGUUUAACACCUCGCUCAGAGAGCUCAGGCUGCAGCUUGAUCUCAUGAACCCACGCACCGCUUCAAUUCUCAACAAGCCUCGUCAACAAUCCAACAUGUUGACACGCGAUUCAAGCGAGGUCGACUCGUCGUCUUCUGCCAUGGCAGAUAACAUGCAACAGAUCAAACACAUCGGCGCAACGGUAGGUACACUCGCCAAAACCCAAGAAGAUCGUUUUCAAGCACUCGAGCAUCAACUCGAUGCUCUCUCCAACAAGCUUGACGACCUCGCACUUGACAAUCCUCACUUCACUCCACCCGAGUCACCUAGUGAUUCCGACUCAGCCUCUUCUUGCUCUGAUGCAGCAAGCAUCUCAUCUCAGAAAUCUAAUGUGCCACACAGCCCACAACCAGACAAGGCACCUGCCACUGUCGCCGAUAUUGGUGGUUACUUCUAUCCGAACUAUGUCCAGCGCGGCCACAGCGAUCAGCAAUACAUUACGGAUGCCUCGAGCUUCGUUGGUAGAGUGAACCGCGUACUUCGCACAAAGUCCAUCACCAACAUUGAGAUCUUCUUAAGAGGCUCCGCCCUUCGCUGGUUUCACCUUGGCCUCAGAACCGACGGCACCCAUCUCUUCGACAACUACAAUGACGAUUUUGGUCUUUGGGAUUUCUGUGACUCGCUAGUCCUCCUCUUUGGCGUUCCCAAAUCUCUAGCAUCAGCAGUCAACAUCAAGACUUUACCCUUGACAUCGUCUUGGAUGCGCAGUGUCAUUAUCGAGGACUAUAUCUUCCCUGCUCUCGAGUAUGUGCGGCCUCAGGAGAAGUUCUAUGACGAGAACUCUGGUGCUAGCGUUGCUGUGAGCAAGGCAUUGGCACUUUACAACAAAAGCUCCAAGCCCUGCACAGUGAGCCCCGAGAUCUUUGACUGCACAGCCGAUGCUCGAAUCCAAGACAUGUGCGACCUUCAAUUCAUCUUGACUGAUAUUCGCUGCAGCGAGCUCGAACAGAAAUCCCACAGCAUGGAUUCUGGAAACUGUCAAGUUGUCAACGAUAGAGCAUCUGCCCGCAAAUUCGACUGCAACAUGUCGAAAUCGACUACAAGUGGGUUGGAAGACUUGGACUGGACAAACCACGCCCCCCAAAGCCCUCAAGCCCAAUCAGAGUCAUCGAGGCGUAGCGUACCCGGAAUUACCAAUGUCGAGGGCACCGACUCGGUCGCAGAUGCAGUUGAGAUCUACCCUCCAGCCCCCUUCGCCGAAUCAUGCCCUACCACUCCAAUUGCAUCUUGCCAACACCUGUCAAGCAAUCUCAAUUUAGAACCUCAGAUGGAUAACGUAUGGGAAGAACCACGCAUCGCCGAGGUCCCACGCAUCGCCGAGGUCACACACCCCGAGAAGGUACAACCCGAGCAGAACGCCGAAACAUACGAGUAUCCUUUCGCAGAUUAUUAUAGUGGUGCCGGGGGCAUACCUAUGAAGGACUCAGCAGACAACAAGACUGGAUCUCAGAGCGUCGGACCCUUGACUAGUCCGUAUCCUCACCUCAGCCAUAUGACUACUAUCUCACAUACUCUCAGCUCCACCCCUGAAACUGGUAGUCUCGAAGUCUUCCACGGCGCUGACAAUUGUCUUGCUGGUUUGAGUCUCGUCUUCACAGGCCAAGUUGAACGCGACUUCAGAGAAGAACUUCAGAUUCUGGUCAAACGCUACGGUGGAAAAGUCACCCCGGCACCUAGCGAGAGCACUGAUUACGUUGUCGUGGGAGCUAACACUGGACCAAAGAGUUUCGCAGUCCUACGAGAACGCAAUUCCAGGAUCGUUGACGAGAAAGGCCUCUUCGCCCUGAUCUCGAGGCUUCCAGCCCUUGACUGUCCUACGGCCGAGCCAAGCAAGGAAGCGGAAAGCCCUAAGAACGCUCCUGGAAAUACCUCGACCGCCGCCAUCACAGCUCGCCAGGAGGACAGCUCAAUCUCUGCUGCAACCACUGGCUACCCAUUACAACAGCAAACACGCCAGCAGCAGCAGGUCUCCCAGGCCCAGGACAGCUUUCCUUUAGGCCCACACGCAAAGGCCUUCCUUGAUGGCUUCAAAAUAUACCCUCCCACAAACAUCAGCCCCAACACACCGGAGUACGAAAACUACCAGAGGUUUGUCAAGGACACUUUGACUAGAAUGGUUAUCACACAGGAAAGUAGCAUCAGUCGUUUCAAAGAGGCACACGAACAAAUCACACAGCUGGAGGCCGCUGGACAGAGAGUAACUCAAGACCUUACUACUGCAAGGGAGAUUGCUAGAAAGGACGUCCAAGACGCGAAGUAUAAGAUCGAUUGUAUUCACACUGGUAACGAGAGUAAUCGCCUUGCUUGGUGCGACAAGUCGAAGUCAUCUCCUGCGUGCAAGACCUCUGUUGCAGUCCUAGAUAACAACCGCCCCGGAUCUCACUCAGGCACAUUCGACCUUACAGUUACCGAAGUCGGCAGGGACGAAGAUUCAACAGCCCGCAUUUCUGACGAACCUGCGACAGACAACCUCUAG